UAGGCCCUCCCAAAACCCAUUUCUUUGUUUGUUAGUUGAAUACGAGAACAGAGUCCACGCAGUUACCCACUGGAUUGUCAAUUUUAAAUUUAGUCUGAAGGUACAUAUGGUCAAUGGAUUCCAAACAAUAGACAAAUUCGAUGUACAAAAGACUGCUUAAGGUAUGUUCAUACCAGAUACUUUAAGAAGCUGUAUGAUCGAGACGGACGUUUCUUCUUAUUUGCAAACAUCGUCGACAGGACAGGAUGAAUUUCACCCCUUUAUUGAGGCGCUUUUACCGUACGUCAAAUCAUUUUCAUACUCUUGGUUUAACUUACAAGCCGCCAAACGAAAAUAUUAUAAAAAACACGAAAAACGAAUGUCUUUAGAAGAGGAAAGACAUUGUAAGGACGAACUACAGAAUGAGAAAACGGAGGUCAAACAAAAAUGGGCUUCCCGCCUUCUUGGGAAACUUAGAAAAGAUAUAACACAAGAAAGUCGGGAGGAUUUUGUGCAAUCAAUAAUAGGCAAACGUAAAUCUAUUUGUGUUCUAUCAAAUCCUGAUCAAAAAGGCAAAAUGCGACGCAUAGACUGUUUACGACAAGCUGAUAAAGUAUGGCGACUUGACUUGGUCAUGGUCAUUCUUUUUAAAGCAAUUCCCCUAGAAAGCACAGACGGAGAGCGGUUAGAAAAAAACCCAGAAUGCUUGCAUCCAGGACUUUGUGUCAAUCCGUAUCACAUCAAUGUCUCUGUCAGAGAGUUGGAUUUGUAUUUGGCUAACUUUAUAAAUACUCACAAUUCGGUCAAUCCAGCAUUGUCAACAGCACAAGCAGUGGAUUCAAGGUCUUCAAGCUUGACAUUAUACACACGCAAUAAUAAUCCUUUGGAGAGAAAAGAAGAUGGCGUUGAUAUAAAAAAUGAAGGCGUGAGACACAAUCCUUAUAAUGGAGUUGUUUGUAAUGAUAUUAUUUUAGCGACUGGAGUAUUCUCAUCGCAGGAACUCUGGACAUUGUCGAAAGAUUCAAUAUUGGAUGAAGCCAGUGACAAUAACCUACACUCAAGCCUUAUUAAGAGGGAAAACGUGGGGGCUAUCUAUGAUUGCAACACAUAUCAAAUGAAUUCCGAAUCUUCAAUGCCUGGCUCCCAGAGUUUAGUCCAAGCUGCGGCAAUUGUAGCGAAUCCAAUUCCUGGGGGUUAUAGUAUUGACUUUGUAGAUCAGAGGACUAUGCAUUUAUCACAAAGUCCGUUACUAAACACAGAAGCGACCAAUGGCGGGUCUACUGAUGCCGGUAAAGUCGAUCAAAGCAACUCGCCUCCGAUUGUUUCUCGGCCGAGUCCUGCAGCUGAAAACUGCACCAGUAGCUUUUCCGUAAUCCUUCGAGCAACAGAAAGUAAUAUCUCAAAUGGAGAGUCAACAGCCAAUUCGGACUCAGCCAUCCCUUUACACCGCUACACGUCGCUUAACAGUAGACCAACACCUCAAUUUCGCUCUCCAGAAGGUAUUUCCCACCCGAAUUGCUCCUCACUGCAUUCGACUUCUAUUAGCCCGGUUAAUACGCUGUAUUACCCGCAGCAUAGCAACAUAAGGCCUUCUACAAUAGUUGACGAAGACCAAUGUCACCGUGCUGUUGCUGACAAAUAUUCUACGGAAUCCCAUGACAUUUCUGACUUUGUCACAUACGUUUGUCAAGAUGCUGGUCACUCAACAACAAUAUCAACAGGAACUAUUGAUCAUGCGUUUCAACAUGCACAUCCACAUACGCACGUUUCUCAUAGCCAUCCCCCCCAUUUUCAAAUUCACCAGCAACUGAGGAAUUCGAAAUUGGCUACUUCGCCAUCGACUCAUUAUCAUAGCACAAUGCUACCGCCGAUGUUGCCACCGAUGGCACGACCAGUAGCAAUUAUACGAACUAGUGGAGACUUGGCAAUGGUUCACUCACCUCCUUCACCCCCGGUUUCGACAAACCAUUCUCCGAAUGUUACUAAUAAUACCCUUUGCGUAACAAAAAAUGGUUUGGAGCCAGAAAAUAGUAGAAAUACAAAUAAUAUAGAGGGCAACAACAGUCCAAUUAAUACAGAUACAAGUUCACAUAGCGUUAACUGCACUACUCUUGUGACAUCUACUUCACCCCAACCUCAACCCCAGGCACCGUUAUCAACAAGUCCACACGCCUAUCUUGAAAAUGGACGAUGUAAACUUUCACCAGUAGCUUCCAACUCUUUAAGUCGUAUUACCACGCAAAUGUAUCCAUCAUCCAAUGGAAGGGAAUAUUUUAACCACUUUCAUUCGCAAUCAACAUCGCUGCUGGGAUACGCCGGUUCUAUUUCCACAAUGUCUGGUGUAAUAAGUCCGACAAACUUGAGCCUAUACUCUGCUCCAACUAUGGCUGUAGCUCGUUCUAGUGCUAGGACUCGAUGGAACGACGACGAGCUAAACUUAAUUCCACACUCUGUAUCUAGUACAAAUAUAGAAAAUACACAAGUUAUAUUAAUGGAAGAUUCUUCAAAUCGUUAUAUCGAUGAAUACUCAGCUAACUCAAAUCGUGACUAUGUGUCAUGAUCUAACGCCAAAAUCUCAUAAAUUGGACGCACACUCGUAAGGCUUGGGCAUGCCAAAAUAUAUAUUUAUUAAAUACAAACAUACAAAGACACACAAACAAAA